AUGAGUCUCCCAUUGUCGUCCGAUGAGAACCAGCGCUAUACCGCCAUCAUUGACGGCAUCCUCGCCACGGCUGACCUCCUGACCAUUUCGCGCAAGAAGAUUCGUCAGGGUCUGGAGGCCGCGCUGGGCGGGAAAGACCUCAGUGAGCAAAAGGAUGCCAUCAAGAGGUUGAUAGAGGAGCGCUUCGACGCCGUCUCCGGCGCCGACCUGGGCGACGCAGCCCCUUCCGUCACCCCCGAGGCCGCCGACAACAAGCGCUCUGCCACGACCGACUCGCCGGAGCACGAUGGCCUCUCCGCCUCUCCCGAGCCGGCCAAGAAGAAGGUCAAGCGGUCCUCGUCUACCGAGGAUGCAGACGCCCGCCUGGCCGCUCAGCUCCAGGAGAUGGAAAACAGCCUCGCCAAGGGCCGCACCACCCGCGGUAGGGGCGAUAAGGCGCGAUUGGUCAAGAAGAAGAAGGCCCCGCGCAAGAAGAGCACCAAGAAGGUUGGCGACGACGAUGACAGCGAGGUGGACGCCAGCGGCGACUCUGCGCCCAAGCGCAAGGCUGGCGGCGGCUUCCAGAAGCCUUUCCUGCUGAGUCCCACGCUGUCGGAGCUGUGCGGCGAAACCCAGCUUUCUCGCCCACAAGUCGUCAAGAAGCUCUGGGAGCAUAUCAAGGCCAACGAUCUUCAGGACCCCAAGGACAAGCGCCAGAUCCUGUGCGACGAGAAGAUGCAGGCUGUAUUCAAGCAAACUCGCGUCGACAUGUUCCGGAUGAACAAGGAGAUUGGAAGCCAUCUCUAUCCCGUCGGAGAGGAGCACCGACUUUACAACACAUCAUCAUCAGCAUCGUUUUCGAUUUAUCAAGGCCGGUUUCUCUAUCAUCAUUUCAGGACAGACGAAGACCAUCGAAUCAUGGUGUUUCUAGCUGUGGUUUGGGUCAUUGGCUUUUGGGCUUUCUUUCCUUGCCUUCUAGGGCGCGGCCGUGGCGGAGGAAGUGGCGGAGGUGGAGGUAGAGGAAACCAAGGCCAGCCUCGAGGCGGUGCCAAGCGAGGAGGACGAGGCGGCAACAAUCGCGGACAGGGACGAGGACAGAAGGGCACAGAAGCUGCUGCAGCUUCACCUGCCGAAGAGGCUGCUGCUGUUAACAAGGAGAACAAGGCGCUGGCAGCGACUGCUCCCAAGCUACAACCCGCGGCCGCCGACGAUGACGACGACGAUGGCGAUAUUUGCUUCAUCUGCGCCAACCCCGUUGCCCACCACUCGAUUGCGCCGUGCAACCACAAGACGUGCCAUAUCUGCGGCCUGCGCAUGAGGGCGCUGUACAAGACCAAGGACUGUGCCCACUGCCGUACACCAGCCGCGUAUGUCAUCUUUACCGACGAUGCCGACAAGAAGUUCCAAGCCUACACAGACAGCGACUUCACCUCCACCGACAGCAGCAUCGGCAUCAAGUACACCAACGAGGAGAUUGUCGGCGACACCGUCCUCCUGCUGCGGUAUAACUGCCCUGACGGAUCGUGCGAUUUCGCCGGCCUGGGUUGGGCCGAUCUGCAUCGUCACGUCAAGUCGGCGCAUCGCAAGCGCAUGUGCGACCUCUGCACACGCAACAAGAAAGUCUUCACCCACGAGCAUGAGCUCUUCACGGAUAAGGAACUGGAGAGACACAUGCGCCACGGCGACGACAAGCCUGGUGCUGCGGACCAGACGGGCUUCAAGGGCCACCCUCUCUGCGGCUUCUGCGGCGAGCGCUUCUACGAUGACGACAAGCUAUUUGAGCACUGCCGCAUGAAGCACGAGCGAUGCUUCCUUUGUGAUAGACGAGACUCGAGGCAACCGCACUAUUUCCUCAACUACGAUGAGCUGGAGAAGCACUUCAAGAAGGACCACUUCCUGUGCCCCGAUCGAGGAUGCUUGGAGAAGAAGUUUGUUGUCUUCGAGUCGGAGCUGGACAUGCAGGCACAUCACCUGGCGGAGCAUGCCGGCAAACACGUGGGCCGCGAUGCUAGACUGGUCGACAUCUCAGCCUUUGACAUUCGCCAGUCGUAUCAGCAUGAGAGACGCGCGGGAGGCGGGGCUGCAUCUGGUAGCGGCGGCCAGGGAGAGGGACGAUCACGGGCUAGAGGAAGAGGAAACAGAGGGAGAGACCCCAAUGAAGACAGCAUAUUGCCAACCGUGACGUCGGCCCUGCCCUUGCGGAGAGACGAGAUUGCGUUCCAGCGGCAAAUGGCCAUCGCCUCAGCACCCGCAGGCUCCAAUCGGACGUUCCGUGGUCAGCUGUCGGCCCCUGCUCCCGCUGCCACCACCUCCAGCUCUCCCGCAACACCCACGCUCGCACCGACGCCGGCUCAGGCUUCCUCUACCCGGAAUGCUACCGCUACGACAUCACGGCCCCGGAGUGUUGGCCCGGGCACCGGCCCCGCCCCUCCCACGGACGGCAUGGAGGCGCUCAGCCUUGCCGAUACGAGCAACCUCUCUGCCGAAGAGCGAGCCCGGCUGGUUCGCCACGGCAGUGUCAUUGAGCGGGCCGCCAACCUGCUGGGCAAUGACUCUCACAAGAUGGCGACCUUCCGGAGCCACAUCUCGACAUAUCGCCAGGGAGGCUUCACCGCACCUCAGCUUGUCGAGGCUUUCUUUACCCUCUUUGCAGACGUUUCCUCCAACGCGCUGGGGAUUCUAGUGCGGGAGUUGGCCGAUCUUUUCGACGACAAGUCCAAAGCUGAUGGCCUUAGAAAGGCCUGGCAGGACUGGCGCGCCAUCAACGAGGACUACCCCAGCCUGCCUGGGCUCGGAGGCAUGCAAGGUGCAACGUCGAGCUCCAGCGGCUGGGCCAGCGCCGCGGGUGCGAACUCGGGCUUCACCAUUGUUGCACCGUCCCAGCGAAACUCAACGAGGGUCCUGAAGCUGAAGAAUAGCACUCGGUUAGGCGGUCCAGCACCCAACACGUUGAGAGGCCCUCCCGGCUGGGUCCCAGCGGCGUCGUCCUCUAGGGCUUCAUCGUCCUCUAAGGCGCCGUCAUCGUCCGCAUUUCCUUCUCUGCCGCCGCCCUCAUCGUCGUCCUCGUCAUCAACAGCAGCACGCGUGGCUGCCGCUUCUUCCGCUCCAUCAUGGACGGCCUCAUCAUCUUCUUCAACAACACGAUCUCGCGGGCCCCCACCGCCUAAUCCACGCGCCGAAGAUGCCUUUCCGGCACUUCCCGCAGCGCCCAAACCUCAGACGACCAUCUUUGGCUAUGGCAAGGGUCGCGGCGUGAGGCGAGAUUUCGGCCAGCAGGAAUCGAACUUCCAAUGGGGAGCUGCCCCUGCAUCGUCGUCAUCAGCAGCGGCUGAGUCCGAGCCUGCGGAUGAUGCUGAGGCGACGGGAGGCAAGGGCAAGAAGGGCAAAAAGGGCAAGAAGCAGAUCCUGGUGCAGUGGGGAUGA